GAUGAUGAUGCCUCGUUUCCAUCAACUUUGCGGCCUUAAAAUAUUUAGCAUUAUCCUAUAAUUGGCCUAAUGGUUUACCAACUUGUAUAGCCACACAAUUUGCUUCUACUAUAAAAACAAUAAGCACCCAUUCCCUUCUCAAAAUAUUGUCAAAAGAGCUAGAGUAUCGACGUACCACAAUUCCUUGUUUUGUGUACAAUUGCUUUCUGUUCUUGAUUUUGCUGUCAUGGGUAUAUUCUCUCAUACUCCUAACAAGGGAAACUGCGAUUUAAGCGAUCCCUUUUUAGGAAGCCAACGCAGUACAAGGAGACAAAGGGUCAUGACUUAUAACGUCGUGAAGGGAAGGCAUAUCAAAGGCAAAAGGUGCAAAAGCAUUCUAAUGAAGAGAAGGGUACGCGUAGAAGGUUCUAGAAGGUCCGAGAAUGAGAUUGGAAGGAAGGUUAGGGUACUCAAGAAGUUGAUUCCAGACUCUGAUGAUUUUGACUUGGAAGGGCUGUUCAGAGAGACGGCUGAUUACAUUUUAGCUUUAGAAAUGAGAGUUAGGGUCAUGCAAGUUAUGGUAAAUGUGUUGUCACCUUCUAAUAGUGACUAGGGGAGUCAAUCAUGCAUAAUCUUGAUCAUUUGUUUGUAAAGGUUGACACCCAAAAACAAGAAAAGAAAAGAAAUUCAAGCAAUAUUACUUUAUCUUCUUUUUC